GAUUUCCACCUCUGGCUCUGUCUGAGGCAGCUCUGGAUAGUAAGGGACAGCUGAAGCCCACAGAAGAGGUCCCUGGGCCAGCCAGGGUUUCCUACCAGAGUCAAUGUCUAGACAAGUUCCCACAGUGACUGCCAGCAGUGCCAUUGGACAAGCCUCUCAAUGGCAGAGCCCAGGACCUUCCCAGCCUGCACAGAAAGUGGCCCAGCCCCAGCAUCUGGUUCCGGAUGGGUACCUUGAGAAACCCAUGGAGGGAAGUGGUCUCCUGCAGAAGUUGGGUGGCUUUCACAUCGCCAUUGCUUUUGCACACCUGACCUUUGGUGGUUACCUGAUCUCCACAGUCAAGAAUCUGCACUUGGUGGUGUUGAAGUGCUGGUAUCCACUCUGGGGAGCUGUUUCUUUUCUCAUUUCAGGGAUCUUAGCCACGACAACAGUGACAUUUCCCAAGACCUCUCUGAAAAUUCUGUGUGUGGUAGCAAACGUCAUCAGCUUGUUCUGCGCCCUGGCCGGCUUCUUCGUCAUUGCCAAGGACCUCUUUCUGGAGAAUCCUUUUCCAUGGCCAAUCUGGAGACCAUACCCCAACCCCACAAGCUACAUCCAAAGACUAGAGCUGACUCUGCUCUGCUUUACCUUCCUGGAGAUCUUCCUGUCGGCGUCCACCGCCAUUACAGCCUGUAGGAUGAAACGCCCGCAUGCAGAGGACAAGGAUGAUACCCCUCUCAUCCCUGACACACCUAUGGAACUUAAAGGUCUGUCACUAGGACCACCACCAUCCUAUAAAGAUGUGACUCAAGGUAACACGCAGCACGAGCAAAAUAAGAGAUAAAGACUGAGUUCCUGCAGUACCAAGUCCAUCGCCGCCUCCCAUCGGCUGGAGUCUGAUGAUGACACAGGCGUGACUCAAUAAAAGCAUAACUACUAUAAAGAGAAACAGGGGUGCUCUGAGAGUGUGAUGGAAACAGAGGGGAGUGGAGUGGAGAAGCCAACAGGCCUCUCCCACGGAGGCAUCAAGGGAUGCCUAUGGGUCUAACUGUCCAGUGUAGGCAUAAAUUUUUUUACAACCUACUUUUAAUAUGGGUUCAACCUCUCCUCUAGCCAGCAGAGGUUGUAGAAGAGAAAAGUUAUUAGGAUGUGGGGGAAGUGGACCUGUUCAGCAAUAGUUCUUUGGAGGCAAGAUUGAUCUUCUUUCUCAGCAAUUCGGUCCUGUAGCAAACAUCAAAUAUGAUUCAGCAGUUGCAGACCAGACCUCUAGGCAGGCAGACACCAGGCACAAACCAGCAGCUAUAGUCCAGUCCUUUCAGCAGGCAGAACCCAGGCAGCUGUAGUUCAAUCCUGAAGAAAACGCCAGGCUCGCCAACAGACCUGAGGUGAGGCCAACAAAGCAGCAAGCAUUUGCAAGAACCUCAUGAGCAAGUUUCUCUUAAUGGUGGCAUUACCACAAGUUGAGCUCAACAACGCUAUGUAAGGCGAUCCAAUAGAUGCCUGUCGAUAGCAAAGAAUAGUGGAAUGGAGCAAACCAAGCCAAUGCUUAGUGCUCAUCUCCCACUGUCUGGGAGGCCAUGUUGAUACUCCUUUAUCAAGUAUCCUUUCAUGUGUUUGCUAUAUCAAAACAUCCUUUCACCUGUGUCUGCUUCAGGAAAACAGCCUUUACCUUUUUGCUUUAGCAAGACAUUGUUUCUCCUGUAUGCCUCAGAAAAACAUCAUUUGAUGUAACUAACGUUCCAAAGAAACUAGAAAUUUCCACUUCAGUCCAGGCUCUGCCACUGUGUCUGUGUCUGUGUGUGUUUAUUCUGUGUGUGUGUCUGUGUGUCUGUGUCUGUCUAUGUGUGUGUGUGUCUGUGUGUAUGUCUAUGUAUGUAUGUCUGUGUGUCUGUCUAUCUGUCUGUGUGUGUGUCUGUGUGUGUGUGUCUGUGUGUGUCUGUGUGUAUGUCUGUGUGUCUGUCUGUGUGUGUCUGUGUGUGUGGGUGUGUGUGUGUCUGUGUGUCUGUGUGUGUGUCUGUGUGUGUCUGUGUGUCUGUGUGUGUGUGUAUGUGUGUGUUUAUGUCUGUGUGUGUGUCUGUUCUGUGUGUGUUUAUGUCUCUGUGUGUGUGUGUCUGUGUGUGUCUGUGUCUGUGUGUCUGUGGGGGAGUGUGGGUGUCUGUGUGUGUCUGGGUGUGUGUUUGGGUGUGUCUGGAUGUGUGUCUGUGUUUGUGUGUCUCUGUGUGUGGGUGUGGGUGUAUGUCUGUGUGUCUGUGUGUGUGUCUGUGUGUGUUUAUAUCUGUGCGUGUCUGUGUGUGUUUAUAUCUGCGUGUGUCUGUGUGUGUGUGUGUUGAGCAUGUGUGUAUGCAUGUUUACAUGUGUCAGGGCAUGGGAGGUAUACAUGCAUAUGUGUGCAUAUGGCGACUAUUGAUGUCAGAAAUCAUCCUAGAUCCAAUGAAGAGGUCUGAAGUGUAUCCUCCAUCCUUCUUCCUCUUCAUUCACUGAAGCAGGACCUCUCACUCUAACCCAGAGCUUGCCAAUAUGGCUAUUGCUGCUGACUAGCUCUGGGCAUCCCAUAUCUCUCUGCCUUCUGAGCCUGGAAUUACAGGUGAGCUACCAUGCCCCCACCCAGUCUAGGUUCCAGGGAUCUGGGGUCUGCUGGCUAGUUUUAUGUCAACUUAACAUAAACUAAAGUCACCUGAGAGGGGGGAACCUAAAUUAAGAAGAUGCCUCCAUAAUAUCAUAAUAUGUAAACCUGUACUUUCUUAACUGAUGACUGAUGGGGGAGGGCCCAGCCCAUUGUGGGUGGGGCCAUCCCUGGUCUGGUAGGCCUGGGUUCUAUAAGAAAGCAGGUUGAGCAAACCUUGGGGAGCAAGCUCGUAAGCAGCAUCCCUCCACGGCCUCUGCAUCAGCUCCUGCCUCCAGGUUCCUGCCAUGUUUGAGUUCCUGUCCUGGCUUCCUUCAGUGAUGGCCUACAAUGUGAAAGAGUAAACCCAAUAAACACUUUCCUCCCCA